AUGGAAAAAGACAAUAGAUUGAUUGUUAAAAAUUUGCCGACAAACAUAACGGAGGCCCAAAUACAAGACUUAUUUGGACAACAUGUGACUGUGAAAAAAAUCGACUUGAAAGAAAAAAAGGAUCUUGAAAAUAAGAUUCAUAAAUUUGCCUUUGUUUAUAUAUCUACAACUGAAAAACAAUUACACAACUGUUUUCGAGCUCUAAAUGGAGAACGAGUUGAUGGAUUUCAGAUAUCUGUAGACUUAGCAAAGGAAAGUUUUUUGGAGAAAUUAAAACGAGAAAGAGAAAGUAACCAAUUAAAAGAAGAACCCGUGAACACAAUACCAAAUGAAAACUACUAUCAGACUGACAGCUUUAAUGCUAAGCAUAAGAAGUUUUCUGACCUUGACUUCACUCAAAGUAUUCAGUUUGAUGAAAAAAAAUCGAAUAAAAGAAAAAUAGAAAAGGAAAAGUUAUCUGUGCAAAAUAAUGUAGAUCAAAGUGGUGAACAAGAGUAUUUUGAUGAAAUAGAUAAAUCAUUUGAAACUACAAAACAGGAGCCGCUAAAAAAAUCUGAGCCAAAUAUAGGUGAAACAUCCAGGAAAAAACUUAAAAUCCAGGAUUAUGAUGAAGCUGAACCUACCAACAAAGUGAAUGGCACACAAAAGGUUUCUCAAACGCCUCCAGUGAGUGAAUCUGAAAGGAGAAGACGAGAGUCUGUAAAACAAAAAAAAAGUCUCUUUAAAGCUCAAGAACAAGUUAUACGCAAUGCUUUAAGAUCCGUUGAUAGUACCAAAUCGCACAACAAAAUUAUGUUUGAUGAGGCAGGAAAUAUAUCCUAUGACAUGAAGGAAGACUCAUCUGAGAAAAAUAAAAAGAACACUUUGUUCAGUGAUGAUGAAGAUGGUGAUGCUGAAAAAAUAGAAUGGGAUGAACGAGAAUUGGAAGCCAAAUCAAAAAUUAAUCAAAAAUUAAUGCAACUUCAAGCUAAAAUAGGCUAUGAUGAUAGGUUUGUACUCGAUGAGCGAUUCUUGGAGGAUGAGUGCAAAGAAGAAAAAAAACAGCUUGAUGAAGAUCCCAUUAUAUCGGACGAGAAAAAGUGGCAACUACAAAUUUUGAAAGAUGUUUUGGGAGAAAAAACAAUGGCACCUUCAGCAGAUAAAAAUGUUGUUAAAAAAAAAAUUAAAAUGAUCAGGUAUGAUCCUACUGCCAGUGAUCAUAAAGAUUUUGAAAUAAACAUCGAGAAACCAAAAAAAGAAAAGCCUGUAAAAAAGAAAAAAGAAAAAAAAGUGAUAGAAAGAGUUGAUGAACCUUUACCUGAAGUAUCAUCAGAAAUAUUUUUUGACGUAAAAAAUUUAGCUUUUGGCAAUCAAAACGGAGGAUUUAGCUUGUUGAAAGCCAACGAUAGCACUGAAAUAAAUGGUGCUGCUGGUUCAAAUGAAAGUAGUAGUGGUUUUAAAUUUAAUUUUGGUGCUGAUGAUGUUGACGAUCACAAAUCUAUAAAAAUCGAAAGAGAUUCAUGUUUGAGAAUGAACAUUAAAACUAAAAAUUCUUUUAAAUGUAAUUCAUUAGAUGAGGAGAGUUACAAUAAAGAAUUCACAAAAAAUGGUACCUCAGAUUACUCUCAUGAAUUUGAAAGCAGCAGAUUUCUUCAAAACACCGAUAUUGCUGGAAGAAGGUGA